UUUUCCUCAAUUUUUUGAGACUGUUUGAUAUUUUUUCUGCAUUUUCUAAGUAUUUUCUGGAAACCGGCCACCUAUCGUCCAUUCUUAAGAUUUCUUCUUACUCAAAGGGUUUUUGUUGUGCAAAACCUAUAUUUUUUGGACCGUUUUUGGAUGAUCUACACAUCUGAAGUGGUUUAAGGCAGAUCCGAAACAUAUACAUGAUGGUUUGGUAAAAAAUAGGGCGCGGCUGGACUGUUUUUUCCUUUUUUUGGGCGCUGCACAUACACCAUCUGUUCGGUGUAUAAUCCUGCGACCCUCUUAUGAUUUGUACCUCUUGUUAGUGCUGUUUUAUCCAUGAUUUCAUAUAUCUAUGGUUCCCAAGGCUAUUGGACAUCAUUCUGAGGGAUCUCUCUCCAUAACUUCCACCAAGUUCAAUGGGAGUAGCUUUUUUUAUGGUCCCGCGCUGUCCGAAUGUAUGUUGUUAGGAAGGAAAAGCUUGGAUUUCUCACUGACACUUCCAAAAGACCCUUCACUUCACUAUCUGUUGAUUCUACAAAGAUAGAUGCGUGGGAUUCUUUGAAUGCCAUCGUGAUGGGUUGGAUUCUCAAUUCUAUGGAGCUUUGUAUUGCUUCUGCUUCUUUUAUGAGACUGCAUCUGAUACGUGGAAGUAUCUGAAUGAUACUUAUGGGACUGUUUGCAAUAAGCCUCGCAUCUUCCAGUUGACUACAAAACUUUACUCUCUCACUUAGCAGAAUAUGUCUGUUAUUGAGUAUUUUGGGGCCUUGAAAGGCUGUUGGGAGGAGUCAAGUCACCUACAACCUCCGAGUGAACUACUAGACAGUUGUAGUGCAGAAAUUGUGAAGACACAGAAAGAUGAAGCCAAAACUUAUAAGUUCUUGGCAGGCUUGAGUACUGAGUAUGAGGCACUGCGAACUCAGUUGGUUGCUACACAUCCAUUUCCUUCACUCUAGACAACCUAUUCCAUCGUUCAUACCGAGGAGGCACACAGACGGGUCAUGACAACCCCAGUUCUCACCCAGGAGAGGACCGCCUUUACAUCUACCACUAUUCCAUCUGAUAGUCGCAAUGGUGGCUUGGAAACUCGAGGGGCCGUCAGCCGAGGAUGUGGUCUUGGCUGUGGGAGAUUUAUGUGCACUUAUUGGAAUCGAUCUGGACACACUCGGGACAGGUGUUUUAAAUUACAUGGUCGCCCUGCUGCUCAUGUUGCGACUUCUAAUGAGACACUUCAGGCCCAGUCAGCACCUUCUGCCUCACAGCCUUCUGCCUCCUUCAUUGCCAUUGCAAGUACUGCAUUUCAUGGCUCUUCAUCUCCUGCGACCUAGAUUAUUGAUUCAGGAGCCCCGGAUCAUAUGGCUGGACUUGAGUACGAGGAUGACUAUUGGUGUGGGCUUUGAGUGUGGUGGUCUCUACUUUUUGUGUCAGGGGGAGCUUUCUACUGAUAGUAUUUUUGCUCCAUCUUCUUCAUUUGUUUCUGCUUCUAGUACUUUAGAGUCUCGAAAGGCGUCUGCUGCAUUGUGGCAUGCACGUCUUGGUCAUGUGUUCUUUCAGACUUCAUGUUUUUUUAGUUCUUGCAUUUAAUAAGUUGGAUGAUGUGUCUCUUCGAUGUGAAGCAUGCCAAUUUAAUAAACAUGUUCGAACUACUUUUCCUACUGUUGCACAACGUACUAAUAAAAUGUUUGCUUUAAUA